GUGUCGUCGCAAAAGCCUUCACAACAAGCGCCGCGCCGUAUCCAAAACAGAAGCUUUCGCGGACGCGGCGCGUCGGGCGCGUUGGAAACAUCGACGCAGAAACGCGCGACAUGGACUUUUGUAACCGAAGCGCUCGAGUAAGAGAAACUUAGCAAAAUACCGAACAAGACUCAUCCGCAACAACGCAACUUGGUGGCUUCUUCGCUUCGUCUCGAAAACUUUGCGUGUACCGGCAACGGAUUACUACUCCUCUGUCGGUGCGCGGAGUGCUGCUUGCAUCUUCCACUGGAUACGCCGAACUAGCUCUGUUUGUGCUGCCCUGUGCUAGGAAAAAGAAAUCGGAUCAGGUUCGAUUGUCAGCGGUUCUUCUUCUUCGUGGGGAUUGCUUCCGAGUCUAACGGCUGACACCUGUGCUUGUGGGGCGGUCAGCUAAUCGGGGCCUUCUCGUGUUCCUGGGCCGCGCGCUUCGAGCCUUGGACAUCAGCCAGUGUGACUCGGGAUAUGCGCUAAGUCAAGAUGUGCCGUCUUGUGCGUAGAGGUGCCGUGCUUUGGGUGCUUCUGGUGGUACUCCUGGUAGUGGUACCGUCGUGCCACGCUGCGGAGGCGGACCACUGCUACUCUGCCGGAGGUGUAGCCGGUAUCGUGGUCGCUACCGCGGUGGUAACUGCGGUUCUCAUCGGCCUUGGACUUGCGGCGGCCUGGUACUUGCUGCGUCGUCAGGGCAAAGCCCUUCGACUCGACAGUCCUGGGUCGGCGGUGGUCGGGACCAGACCGCAGAGUGCCACCGGAAGUGGAGGCGGCGACGGCGGGAAGUACGCCUACGACAACCCUUACUUCCGGGACGAGGAGAGUUCGAUCGAUGUCGUGGACAAAGGUCGUCCUCCCAGUGCCCUAGCAUCGACGGAUCAGUCGUCGUCUACGCUGCCCAAGAGCAAUGGCGCCACCAAGGUUUCUCGGACAUCUUGGGCCGGAAAGGCGGUACCUUUCUCAGGAGUCUUCGCCAACGGCAAGAAGCACAGGACCAUGGACGACUCCUGCCUCCCCAUGGAGCCCGAGAGGAUCCUUGUGCCGCUUCGAGGCCACGACUUCACCGGGUUGGGAUUCAACAUUUGCGGCAACAUGCGCGACGGCAUCUUCGUCAAGGAUGUCCUCAACAGAGGACCCGCCAACGAGUCCGGACUCAUCAAGCCCGGCGAUCGCAUUGCAAGUGUGACAGUCUCCUUCGCGAAUAUGGUGUACGAAGAUGCCCUCACCAUUCUGAGUUACGCCUCGCCUUAUGACGUCAAACUUGAACUUGUCAAGCCCAACGAGAAGAGCAACCACGGCUUCCCGUCCAUCACCGGCUCUGGCAAGCUAUCGCUGGCUUCGCGCACCAGCGGCAAAAGCCAGCGUUUGUUUCACCCUCUGUACCGAAGCCAGUCUAUCGACGACCUCACGCAGAUCGGUAAAGAAAACGGUGCUGCCGUCGGUCCCAGCUCCCAGCCCAAACGGUCCCAGAGCAUCGGGGUAACCACUCAGCUGCUGAAGACGAAAAAUCUAGAUUCGAUAGCCAGCGACGGCUACGACACGAGCCCAAAGAACCAAAGGGCUGCCUCAUCUACAACAGGCUCGCUGAAUGAAAAGGUGUUCACCAGCGCUACUUGCCAAGACAACUUGCAGACGAAAGCAGCAGUGGAUCCAGCUGUCAACCUUUUAGAUCAGGUGCCGCCAGUCGGCAGUGUUGAAACCUUGACAUCUAUCGUCGUAACAACUAAAAGAGCCGAAGAUGUUAAAGGUGAAGAGGUGACGCCCACAGCAUCGGGAUCGAAGACACCGGACGUUGCGACGAGGUCGCCAAAGAAAGUCACGACUCCAGCGAAAAGAAAAGCUCCAGCUCCCCCAGUUCCAAAUGGCAACUCGAUCAAGACCACGGCCCAAGUUCAUCAUUCCCACGACAUAGAACCGGGCAGUAAGGAUCGGGGUAGCACCUCUUCGUCAAGCUCGAGCAGUAGCGAUGAUGACAAGCCGCCGCCGUUACCUGAACAGAUGCCCGGUACCCUGGUGGAACUGACGGAGAAAGUUGUUCCUCAAGACACAGAAGACACAAGUCUCGCUUCGGAUGCUCCGGUAUUCCUAGCGGCCAUUUUGGACUUGAAAGAGGACCCUGCUAACACGCAGUUCGAAACGACUUCGAUUGAUUCCCUGGAAACUGGGAAGGAUGACGAGUCGCCUACGAGGAGAAAGGCUUCAUCUCUUGGCGACCUUACCGCCAUCGACGAAGCCAACAAAAGUUCGCCAACCUUGCUGGAACGAGCAGUUUCGCUAGAUUUUCCGGGAAGCGUGCUUCCCGAAGAGAACCUGAGUCAUCAAAAGAUUCUUAUGAAGAAGGCCAAAGACUACGGUGGCUUUAAGGACACUAACGGAACUGGCCAUGAGAAGGGACCUUUGCUAGAAGAGGGGUCAUCUUGUUCAGAUUCCGACGAAGAUAAGGCGAAGGCACGUGUUGAAGUUUCGUCUGAGGACACGUCCCAGGGAAUGACGCCGCACCACUUGAAGGACUUGAGUUCUACUCCUUCUACUGUGAAGUCCGAAUCUUACAUUGAGUUGGUGCCCUCAACCGAACGUCAGGUGGACCAGAAUGAGCCAAGUCGCACGCUUUUCGUUCGAGAAACGGUCGUUCUGGAAAUGAAGCCGAAGCACACAGUCACUUCAGGAGAAGGGACCAUCACAACCAUCACUCCAAGUUUCGAAUUUUCCAAGCGAGUCCUUUCUCCAGAUUUCACGGUCGACAUCGACAGCAACAACGGCGAGUCACUAACCCCAGUCCUCAAGUCACAUUCAAGAAACUCUUCGAGCUCUUCCUUGUCAUCGGACGAAGGGAAACACACUUCCAGGGUAACGAGGGUUGUGACCUCCACCCCAGCUCAUCGCGUGGUUACAGUGGAGAGCUUUGUCAUCCCUGCCCAGACUUCUCCGUCGGAGGCAAACAGGAACGGCAAGGAAGUCAUUGAAAUCAGCAAGAAUGAACUGGAUAAAGUCAUGCUGUCCCAUAAAGACUUUCUGCUGAAGAAAGCACACGAGACCGGGAUGUAUGCCGGGUUAAGCAAAGAGGACUUCGACGACGACUCGAGGGAAAUUGAGUUUGAAUCGUGGCACUACACCGACGCAGACGACAAGGAGCCCGUGAACGGGACCAACGGUUCAGGCAAGACAGAGGGACUCUCGACGACAGCUUCGUUCAGCCAGUACAAGACGGCGAUCGAAGGCGAUAGCACGCUUCCAGCAGAGGAAGUUCUUGUGCCACAAAAAGUGGUAGACAAGUCCGGCUUCCAUAUGAAGACCGUGGAGGGCCCGCUGACGACGACUGUCAUCAUAUCGACUACCGAUGGUUCUGGGGAACCGACAGUUCACGUCCAGCCUUCUGAAACGACUGACUCCCCACCUCCCGAACUCUUUUCGCCGUUGUAGAGGACGGACUUUAUGUGGGAGCCUGGACGCAACUAAUCCUCAGUGGCCCUAAUCCUCGCUGUCCAGCUGCCUCCUUUGGCAAGUGUAAAUAGAAGGGACUCUGUGUGAUUUAUAUCGCUGUAAAUAGAAUUAAGCGUAUCGUCCUUUGCUGUUUUAGCUUGAAAGUGGUUGCUCAUGAGCACACGUUUAUGGUGACACAGAAUUUAACUGCGAUGUUCUGGGGAACAACUAAGUGCCUAGAUGUGACAUGUCUUGAGAGGGGAGCCCCUGUCGAUAGGAAGACCAGGACGUGUCUUGUUGUUUGUUCGUUAGUUUUCCUGUGAAGGAACCGAUUGUGUGGCCUUUGGCGACGUCAUUGCGCAGUUGCCGACCGUCGUUUGUGUUGCGUUUUACUUGGGGCCGCGUCCGGACGACACAGACUUUCAACUGCAUUUUCAUUCUUUCGCGUGGUAGAAAAGAACGCGGGUUGUUAUUUCAAAUAAAUUGCCGCACUCGUAUUUAACGCAGGUUUUAAACAUUUUCAGAUAACAGAGACCUCUAUGGAGAGCUAAACGCUGUCCAAAAAAUGGUGCCGGUUUGACUGGUGGAUUUUGAUUUUCAGCCGACCAGCAGACGAUUAAGGUCAACCGGAACGUGGUCUAAUAUACACAAAGAAUCGCUACGCGUUGUUUUGACUAUGAAGCAUCUAGAUUUCCGCAGGAGGAAUGGCGCUACCCUUUUUAAGUCCAGGAGUUUCGGGGUACAAGUAAGGCUUAAUUUAUGGGCGGACGAUAGCGCCUCCUGGUGUGCGGUGCCUUACAAAGGCCUGCCAAUUGAAAGAUCAUAUAUUUUACUUGAAGAAAACAGACGACAUAUAUAUAUAUACAACGUAUAUGACCUCUAUUGCUUUUAGUCUUUAUCUUUAUUUCUUUGGAGUUAACCAUGAAACUCUUUAGUUUUCUGGUGAACGACUCCACUUGUUUUUCUUUCUUUUUUUUUCUGGGAACUCCGUAUGAGCUCGAAAAAAGAAUCGCGCCACUUCUAUAAGUCUUGUACGAUGGCAACUUUGAGAAGGGCAUUUUUAGGUGUGAAACGUUUGGAAUUUCUACAUGGGUGUUAACAUUUUUAAUUCCUUUUUGCGUUAACGGUCACAUCGAAGUGUACAAUUGACCUCUGCUGCAAGACUUUUUUUUUGUGCGUGGUGCAUGUUAAUGACUAACCUACGUGUUUAAUCUGAAAUCUCGUUCUAAUUUCGUCCGUUUAACCGCAUGUAGGAAUUAAUACAUUUGUUGUUGAAUGUUUUUCUUUUUAAAUGUAUAUAGGUAUAUUUAAUGUUGAAAUAAUGACUAUACCUACUCGUCCAGUUACCCUUUUAGGACGACUGAGGACUCACCCUUUGACGAGAGCAAUAACUGAUGUUAGGAACAUCCCUCGUGCCUUCAGCUGGCUACGGCAAUUACCCGACAUUUUUUUUUUUUUUUGCAUUUAGAGGCACAAGGGAACCCUUAAAAACCGACGACCAGUUCGUGCUUUCCACUUUUCCCCUCACUUCCGCCCCCCCCCCCCCCCCCCCUUCCUUCUACCCUGUCCACCGUUGCCUGUUUCCUCCUCCCCGAUGGUGAGGAGGAUGUUCUGCCUUGCAGGAAUCUCGAGUCUGGUCGUCGGCCGUUAAGCCGGGCUCACACUGCUCAUACAGUAUGCAAAAUACACAUUGUUCGCUGCGCACAUGGUGACGCAAUUAUCCGGGGUCACGGCUCAAGGAUGUUCGAUGUAUGUUUGCUUCCUACAUAUACACCAACACAGUGUUUCCAAACAAGCCCGCUUUGUCCACACCAGGUGUUGGGCACUGCGCGUGCGCAGAAACCAAAUGCGGGAGGAGAAGCGUAUGCGCAUGCGCAGUAUACCGACAACAGCGCCACCGCAGUGGCGUACGUGACGUCAGUGAGUUGAGUUGGUCUAUCUGCGUACUUCGAACAUGUCUGCAGAACAGGUCUUGUGCGACCAAUAUGACAGGGGCCGUCCUACUAGGAAGACAGUGUCUGUGCAGACUGUAUUUUGUAUCGUGUAUGGGCAGUGCGUUAUAGAAUAGCGCGGCUUAAAAGGACCUGUUCGCGAAGGUCACAGUUUAUCAACGACGAGCAAUAUUUAACUUUUUCGGUAAUUUUAUUUGCGCCGAUGGGUUGAAGAUGCGCCGCUUUCGGCGGUAAAUAAACCCUCAUUUUUUUCAAAAGUCUAUUGAGCAACAUUGGCGGUCGCCAUUGCUUGGACACGAAGCACGUGAUUGGAUCCGAGUCCUCGCCGAACGCCGACGUCACACUCGUGGCCAAUAGGUGCUCAGAGCAGGUGAUCAAGCAAUGGUGGUCUUUCGAGAAAGGCCUAUUGUGGACGAUUUUCGGCCUACUGCUAAAAAAAGUGAGGUACCCUAUAAUGUUUAUGUUUGUGACAACUACGAAUGUUUUUUUUUGUUUGUUUUUUUUGUAAUGGCGCAGUGUGUUUUAUGUCUGCUAGAUGUUCCGUCUGAAAAAAGAAAAACAAGUGUCAAAUGCCAUUGUUUUGUUUGCAAUGUUUUUUGGGCUGUGAAGCACCACCCCCGCGGGAACUUUCAGGCCUGUAAAUAAAUAUUUUUGCCUAA